CACCUAAACAAACCGAUCUGUAUAACAGAGAGACCGUCGAUAUUACGUUAUAUUUCUGCAUUUGGCAUUAAGCUUAUCCACAAUAUGGAUUUGGACUCGCUUAAAUAUGCGGAAUUGCAGCGCCUCGCUAAAGAAGUUGGAAUGAAAGCGAAUAUGAAGGCUGAAAAACUAUUGAAAGCUUUAAAAGAGCACUUUUCAAAACAACAACAACAGCAGACAUCGGAAAAUGGGAAUGAUUUAGCCGACGCGCACGACGACGAUGCUGUCCCGCCCGUUGACUCGCAAAGCGCGCACACGGCAACGUUUGUGACCGAGCGCCGAGCAAAAGGACGCACUGCCAAGAGAAAGCUCAGUGACUUCCCACCUGUCACUGCUCAGACUGAAGAAAAGCAGGCACAAGAGGAGAGCCGAAGGGGCUCCAAGAGAAGGAAGGUGUCCUCAGCCAAGAACACACAGACUCUGAUUCCACCUGAAAUCUCUACUAAAGAGGAUACUGUGGAGAAAGCUCUAGAAUCUGGGGAAACCAAUCCAGACUCUGAAGAUGCUUCUACAGAGCCAAGUGCGAAAGGUGUGGGGAGAAGAACCGUGGGUAAAAUCCCCCGUCAUGAAGGUCUGAUGAAGAGGAAACCUACGCUGCGGCCGACAACUCCUAAUUUCAAAAAACUCCAUGAGGCUCAUUUCAAAAAGUUGGAGUCCAUCGAUUCGUAUGUGCAAAGGAAGAACAAACAAAUGGAGGUGAUCAGGAAUUCAGUCAAGGAGCUGAAGACACUGUCAGAAAAGACGCUGAAGAAAUCGGUCGAGACAAAGGCUCAAACUAAGGUGGCUUCUAGCCGAGCAUCUCUCUUCAGUCCUGGAGUGCAGGAGAAGAAACCAGUGCCAGAAAAACGCAGGCUCACUCAGCAGACUGCCAGCAAGUCUGCAUUGAAAGACAGCACCACCUUCAGGCCAACAGUCCUCACCACCAAUAAAAUUAAUGUCAGGUUCUCAAAGGCCACUCACGAUAACGAAUACAAGCGUUCUCUUGUAAAGACUCCAGCUCGUAUGUCUCCUCUUGUCUCUCUCACCUUCACUCCGGGAAGAAAAUCUGAUGUUCAUACCAAAUCUGAACUUAAUAAAAGUGUCAACACCAUCAAUAAAACACCUGGAGUUACUCCAUUUGUUUUUAAUGGGAACAACAGCAUGUCAGUCACACCUGGUACCACCAACAAGAAUACAUUUGAUCUGAAGGCCAGUCUCUCUCGUCCACUCACCUACAAACCACACAAAGGAAAACUGAAGGCUUUUGGAGCUACACAGGAGAACACAGAACUUAAUAAAUCUCAGACUGUUCCUUCACACCAGAAAAACUAUAAACAGCACCAAGUUCGAACCAGAGAGGAGCGACGUGCCAAGCACACAGUAGACCGAAAACAGAAGAAAGAGAAUAUGCUGGGUGCCAGACGAGGCUUGGUCAUGGCCUAACUCCAUUGUCUUUUCUGUUUUGCUAUUUUAGACCCUCGCUGUACAUGUUAACUUUUGUCCUUUUUGUUCCAAAUUUUUUACAUUUUUACUCUUCUGUAAACAUCUGUUUAUUAACAUAGGUUAAUGUGCAGUGAGGUAAUCCAUUUAUAGAUGAGGAUUUUAUAUCUUAAACAUUGUUUUUGAUUUAUGUGUGAAGAGAUGCCCUGGUGAAUUGUAUUUAGUAUGAAUGGUUACAUUUGUACUGGGACAAAAACAGUAGUCACUUAAAACAUUGGUCACACAAAAUGUCUAUUUGAACUUGAGCGAUAUUCAUAAAUUAUCAUUUUGUACUUUUGUCCUUCAUGUGGUCAUUUGUGUAUAUAUAUGUGUUAAAGAUAUUGGCCUGCAAAAAAUACAUCCAAUGAUUUGUUUUUACAAAGUUUUUAUUAAUAAAACGUUUGUAACGUU